AUCUCUCUCUCUCUCUCUCUCUCUCUCUCUCUCUCUCUCUCUCUCUCUCUCUCUUUAAAACCCUCUUACCUUUCUCCAUCCCACCUGAUCAGUCCCCUCUCUUUGCCCAACUUCCUCUUCAUUCCUUACCGCUUGUAUUUUCGCUUGCCAGCCAUGGCUUCAAAUCCCAUGGCGGGCUUGGUUGCAGGUUCUCAUGGCCGUAAUGAACUCCACGUUAUGCAUGGCGCAGACGAGCCUCGUUCCCCGACGUUACACCAGUCUGUGACAAAGAUAUGCCGAGUGUGCGGGGAUGAGAUCGGAUUUAAGGAAAACGGGGAAUUGUUUGCGGCGUGUCACGAGUGCGGGUUUCCGGUGUGCCGGCCUUGCUACGAGUAUGAAAGAAGUGAAGGCAACCAGUGCUGUCCUCAGUGCAACACUCGCUAUAAGCGUCACAAAGGUUGUCCAAGAGUUGCAGGUGACGAUGAAGAAAACUUUGAUGCUGACGAUUUCGAUGAUGAAUUCCAAAUUAAGAUUCCACAACAUAGCCCAGAUCGAGAUCAUGUUGCUACUCACUCGGAAAAUGGGGACUAUAAUCUGCAGAAAUGGAAUAACAACGGCCCAGCUUUCUCUUCUAUUGCAGGAAGUGUUGUUGGGAAGGAUUUUGAAGGUGAGAAGGAGACUUACUCCAAUGCUGAAUGGAAAGAGAGAGUGGAGAAAUGGAAAACUAGGCAAGAGAAAAGAGGUCUGGUGACCAAAGAUGAUGGAGGAAAUGAUCAAGGGGAUGACGAUGACUACCUUUUGGCUGAAGCCCGGCAACCGCUCUGGCGAAAAGUCCCACUCCCAUCAAGCCUAAUCAGCCCUUACCGUAUAGUCAUUGUUCUUCGCCUCAUCAUUCUUGCCUUCUUCUUUCGCUUCAGAAUUCUAACUCCAGCAUACGACGCCUAUCCACUUUGGGCCAUCUCUGUAAUAUGUGAAAUAUGGUUCGGCUUUUCCUGGAUUCUAGACCAGUUCCCCAAAUGGAACCCAAUACGUCGAGAAACCUACCUUGACCGCUUGUCCAUCCGCUUCGAGCGUGAGGGUGAGCCAAACCGGUUGGCCCCAGUCGAUGUAUUUGUGAGUACUGUGGACCCGCUUAAGGAACCUCCAAUUAUAACGGCAAACACGGUUCUGUCAAUUUUGGCGGUGGAUUAUCCAGUGGAGAAAGUGAGUUGUUAUGUGUCGGAUGAUGGAGCGUCAAUGCUGCUUUUUGACACAUUGGCGGAAACUAGUGAGUUUGCAAGGAGAUGGGUCCCAUUUUGCAAGAAGUAUAGCAUAGAGCCAAGGACACCAGAGUUUUACUUUUCGGAGAAGAUUGAUUACUUGAAGGACAAGGUGCAGCCUACCUUUGUGAAGGAUCGGAGAGCCAUGAAAAGAGAGUAUGAGGAGUUCAAAGUGAGGAUCAAUGCAUUAGUUGCAAAGGCUCAGAAAAAGCCAGAAGAAGGAUGGGUCAUGCAAGAUGGGACCCCAUGGCCGGGAAACAACACGCGGGAUCACCCUGGCAUGAUUCAGGUUUAUCUGGGAAGUGAGGGAGCACUCGAUGUGGAAGGGAAAGAGUUGCCAAAGCUUGUGUAUGUUUCUCGUGAGAAGCGGCCUGGCUAUCAGCACCACAAGAAAGCUGGUGCAAUGAAUGCUAUGGUUCGUGUGUCAGCAGUUCUUACCAAUGCACCCUUCAUGUUGAACUUGGAUUGUGAUCACUACAUCAACAACAGCAAGGCUGUUAGGGAAGCCAUGUGCUUUCUAAUGGAUCCCCAGCUUGGAAAGAAGCUCUGCUAUGUCCAGUUCCCACAGCGGUUCGACGGCAUUGAUCUUCACGAUCGGUACGCCAAUCGCAAUGUUGUUUUCUUCGAUAUCAACAUGAAAGGCCUAGAUGGGAUCCAAGGGCCAGUGUAUGUUGGGACUGGAUGUGUUUUCAACCGGCAGGCACUAUAUGGCUAUGAUCCCCCAGUGUCUGAGAAGCGGCCAAAGAUGACAUGUGACUGCUGGCCUUCAUGGUGCUGCUGCUGCUGUGGUGGUUCAAGGAAGCCCAAGUCUAAGAAGAAAGGAUUGAAAGCUCUGCUUGGCCUUGGAGGCAUGUACAACAAGAAGAAAAAAAUGAUGGGGAAGAACUACUCUAGGAAAUCUUUGUCUGGGCCUGUCUUUGAUCUUGAAGAGAUUGAAGAAGGGCUUGAAGGUUUUGAUGAGUUAGAGAAAUCAUCGCUCAUGUCUCAGAAGAAUUUCGAAAAGCGGUUUGGACAGUCACCGGUUUUUAUUACCUCCACUCUAAUGGAAAAUGGUGGCAUUCCUGAAGGGACUAACAGCACUUCACUUAUCAAAGAAGCCAUUCAUGUCAUUAGUUGUGGAUAUGAAGAAAAAACUGAAUGGGGCAAAGAGAUUGGAUGGAUUUAUGGGUCGGUCACAGAAGAUAUAUUGACAGGAUUCAAGAUGCAUUGUAGAGGGUGGAAGUCAGUAUACUGCAUGCCAAAGAGAUCAGCUUUUAAGGGGUCAGCUCCAAUCAAUCUCUCAGAUCGGUUGCACCAAGUUCUGAGAUGGGCUCUUGGUUCUGUUGAGAUUUUCCUUAGCCGUCACUGCCCACUUUGGUAUGCCUAUGGGGGGAAAUUGAAGUGGCUUGAGAGGCUCGCUUACGUUAACACCAUUGUCUACCCAUUCACUUCGAUUCCUUUACUUGCCUACUGCACAAUUCCUGCCGUUUGCCUUCUGACCGGAAAAUUUAUCAUCCCUACUCUAAACAACCUGGCUAGCAUAUGGUUCAUGGCUCUUUUCCUCUCAAUCAUAGUGACGGGAGUGCUUGAGCUUCGGUGGAGUGGGGUUAGCAUCCAAGACUGGUGGAGAAACGAGCAAUUCUGGGUUAUUGGCGGUGUCUCAGCCCAUCUUUUUGCUGUAUUCCAAGGCCUCCUUAAGGUACUUGCCGGAGUUGACACAAACUUCACAGUAACAGCAAAAGCAGCCGAUGAUGCAGAGUUUGGGGACCUCUAUCUCUUCAAGUGGACCACGCUUCUCAUCCCACCAACCACCUUGAUAAUCUUGAACAUGGUUGGUGUUGUUGCCGGAGUCUCUGGUGCCAUCAACAAUGGUUAUGCCUCGUGGGGUCCCUUGUUUGGGAAGUUGUUUUUCGCAUUCUGGGUUAUUGUCCAUCUUUAUCCUUUCCUCAAGGGGUUGAUGGGAAGGCAAAAUAGGACUCCUACGAUUGUCGUGCUUUGGUCAGUUCUUCUAGCUUCUAUCUUCUCAUUGGUUUGGGUUCGAAUCGAUCCUUUCUUGCCUAAGCAAAAAGGUCCAAUCCUCAAGCAAUGUGGAGUCGAGUGCUAGUCAUGCUUUUGGGGUGCUCUGCUCUCACAUGUCAGUGUUCUGCUUAGCUUGGAUCAUUUUGGCUUGGUUUUUUCCUUCAAUUCUUGUGGUGCAUUGUAGGAGAGUGAUGUGUAUAUGGGGUGUAAGAGGAUUCUGCUGCAUAUUUGCUAGCAGUAAGCCAAAUGUAUCUGCUCUGCUGUAAAAUAAUACAUUUGACUAAUCCCAAGACAAUUUUCUGUACGAAUACAAAGGUGGUUUCACUAUUUUGAUCUCAUAUAAUCAAAGAAAAGAAGAUUGCUAGA